UCCUGCCUAAAACUGUUGCGCUGAUUUGCUUAGGUGAUGUUAUUUUCGGUAAUAUAAACAUUACCUUAAUGAAUUUGGUGAAUAGAGAGACCUCUGAUGUACCGUUCUCCAUUUAAACUUAAAUUAUUUUAAUCCUGGUUCUUUUAUUGUUAAACAAUUUCAUCAAAAAAAUGUGUGAACGAUGCGUGCGAGAAGAAUAUCCCGAUAGGGUAAGCAAUUUAAUAAAACUGAGUGAAGUUAAGAUUGGUAAGUCUGACUAAGUCACUAAGUCUUAGACUCUCAGUCUUGUUUUAGUCUUCUUAUUAAGUUACACACUAACUACUAUUAUUAUGAAUCAUGAAACUAUGAUAAUGAUACUAUUAUAUGAAACAUGAUAAUGAUACUAUUAUAUGAUUGAUACUACUAUCAAUCAUAAUCAAUUACUCCACCCCCAUGAAUCAUGAUGAAUGCCAUGAUCACAUGACUCAUGACUGUACUGUAGUCUUUAGUGUUCGUUUUAGUUUACUUUACUAUAGACUAGUUAGUAUAGAUAAUUAGGUUAAAGUUAGUUUAUAAUUUAUAAUAUAUUUAUAGAUGUAUAAACUAUAAUUAUAACUAUACUAGAACUAUACACACUAAAGCUCACCAAAAAAAGGCUGAGUUACUGAGUGUUUUAGUUUCCUUAAAUUUUACUUAAAUUUAUUUUUAGCAGAUGGCAUUAAAAUAAGACUAUAAUUAAGUUGUAGGACUAUAAAAGUAUAAGAAAGAAGAUGGCCAAAAGUGUCCCCCUUGAGUCAAAACCGUGGAGACAUGGAUAUCCACCUGAAGUCAUGGGCAACAAUUGCGGGGGAGGCAUACGGAGACUCAACAAUGUGUUACGGACCUCAACUAUGAAUUAUGUAACCAUUUGUUGCUUGAUUAGAUUGAUUGGCAAUGACUGCACAGGGCAGUGAGGGUGUAUUACAGACCAUUGUCCCCUUCCACAAUUGUUGUGUACUGCCUUUAUAGAAGGCAUAAUGCUGACUGUAAAUAGGGACAACUUUACUCUUUAGAGUCAAAUUUUGUCAUUUUCUCACAACAUAUUUACAGGAGUCAUUAUGUGUAGAUCAAGGAUCUUAUAUGAUCAAUUUUUUCAAGUGUUGCCAGUGUGGAGCACAGGACAUGACGACAGUGAACAGGUCUUGCACAGACUCAGGCGAUGAGGAGAUAAUAACAUAUCAUCGUAGGUGUACACUUUUCUCUUUGGUUCUAGAUUGCUUCAUCUGGUCACAUUUGAUCAAGCUGGUAAAGAACUGACAUAAAAUUCAAAUUACUAUAUUCAAAUACAAAGUAAGAUAUAUAAUCUAAAUAUGUCAAUGAUUACCAUCUGAAUUCCAUGAGGAUGAACAAAUAAAAUAAAGCAAAUUUAUACAAAUUAUUAAUUAAAUUUUACCUUGUAUUCAGAUUAUUAAUAACUAAUAAAGAAGUCAAAAAAAAAACAAAAAAAACCCACAACUUUUUUUUUUGUUUUGGUUAUGUACUUUUAAAAAAAGAAAUUUCCAUUUGAUAAACGUUCCUAUAUUAAACAGUCCCCUAACAAAAUGUAUCAUUCUUUUUUUUUCAUUUUAAUUUUUUUUUAAAUUUGAUUUACACUAACCAAGUUUGGCAGUUUGGAAGCUACUAACCAUAUCUUUUAGAUUUACUUUGUCACAUAUGGCAAGGAAGUAAUUAGGUUGAGGAUUUUAAUGUUUUGAAAGGUUUCAGUAAAACAUAACAAAUUCAAGCAUAAUAAUUGCAUAUUUUGAUUUCAGAUGUUUGCAGCCAGUGUGAUCAUGUGAUAGCUGAGCAUGAGCAUACAUUUCGGAUUGAGGAAGAAUUUCAGGUCUUACAUAAUCAUAUUAAAAACCCAUUUAAUGAUUUAUGUAGCUUUAAAUAUUUGUGAAAAAUUUAAGUGACAUUUAGUGAAAUUCAAAUUCGGUCUUGGUUUUACAAGCCUCUGGGUAUUACUCGAUGUAUUUUAAAUCUCACAUGACUCGUGUUAGUUUAUGAUUAUUAUAUUUUUUAACCAAGCUGAUGAAUCAAUUUUAAAAUGAAAUAAUAAUGGUAGAAAGUAGAGUGACUAAUUUACCAUGGAAAUAUGCUAAUCCCUGUGUUAUGAGAAAACUCAACUGUACAAUAAUUGAUAUUAUUACCAGCUUUUUAUUUUUUUAUCAUGUUUUAGAGGCUGACUGAAUUUCGGCUUCAGGUUCGGCACCGAAAGUUUGAUCACUUUUGGCGUAUUUUCAGUUUUGGCCGAAACAGAACAGUUAAUUUUUGGUUUAUUCUUGAUUUCAGCCAAAACAGAAAAGUUAACUUUCCGUUUAUUUUCAGUUUCGGCAGAAACACAAAAGUUAACUUUUGGUUUAUUUUCAGUUUCGGCCAAAAGUGAUUGAGACUUUGGGCCAUCUUGCCAAAAGUGCUUGAGGUUUAUGUCAUCUAAAAGAAGUCAGACUGUCUGUCUUUCUCUAGGCCAGCAAUCCCAUUCAUUAUUGCUUGACGCCUUGCUGUCGUCGCAUGUUAUAUGACACAUCCUCUUCCAAAACGAUCAUAGCUGUAUGAUAACCUACUUGUCCUUUAUUUCCAAAAAUUUUAUUUUAUUUAGGCCUAGGCAAAUGUAAAUACUGUUGUGGAAGGGAAUAAAAAUUUCGGAACCCUAGGUUUAUUCAAUUUAUUCAUUAUGAUAUCCAAUUUGAUUUUAUCAUUAUCAUGCUCAUAAAUAUUGUCAUAAGCAAAAGUGAAUAAUAUUGAAUAAUCCUAGGAAUGCUAAUGUUUCCAUUAUUUUAUUAUUUAAAAAAAAAAAUAAAAAUAAGGGAAAAUUAGGCUUUUUCAAUCCAUUCAUUUUUUAAAUGUUACUGACGAAAAAACACACAUGUGCAUUUAUCACUGGUCCAGACCUGUUUACUCUUAUGAUUUGGCAUACAAUGCACGAUUUUGAGGUGUAUAGAUUGUAUAUACUAUAUGUUUAUUUUUUACUAUAAAUAUAACGUAUUGAACAAUUUUGUGAUGAUAUUGUAUGAUUUUAAGAGUUUGAGGGUAAACAGGUCUGCUGCUCCAUAUAAUAAUUAUGUAGUAGGCCUACUGCAGACCUGUUUACUUUGAUCAAUUUGGCGACCAAUUUACGAUUUGAGAUGUCUUAAUGAUUCUAAUUCUAUGCCGAGACCCAUCAGAACUACAAUUUUAAGAGACCCAGUUAAAAAAAGGGUUGGGGAGGUAGGUCACGAGACGUGUCUACCCUUAAAAUCGUACAAUUUUUCAAUACAUUAUCUUAAUAGUACACAAAUAAACAUACAGUAUAUAUAAUGUAUACACCUCAAAUCAUACAUUGUACGCCAAAAUCGUAAGAGUAAACAGGUCUGGGUCACUGAACGAAAUAGUUACGUCACCAGCAUAGAAAGACUAGUGUGUUGGUACUAGGCUUAAUAUUACUACAACAAUAUCUAGCCAGCUAUUUAUGAAAUCACAAAGCACUAGUAUGCAGAUAACAACAAAACAAUGAAGUGAUAUUUAUAUAGCCUAAAUAACAUAUAUUUAGGUUACAGUUGACUCUAUUAGAGACUGUCAGGAUAAUUAUUGUAGAUAUACGUUUAGGUAGCGUUGUAAUUAUAUUAUAAAAGUGAAGGGCAUCUCUUACCAUCUCUUACCAUACUACUUUAAAAUACAUUUUUAAGAACUCUAAAUUACUUUUAAUUCAAAUAUUUCAAAUGGUAAAAAAAAAGUACUCAUUAGAUGUUAAUUUAUUAAUAUUCAUGAUGAUCUUCUUUUAAAAAAAGUAUGUAGAUCCAGAUAUUAAUACUUUCCCAUCAUUUUUCAAUGUAUGCGUGAACGAAUUUCAAAAUAUCUAAAUCUUUCGGCUUCUAUUUCAGCUGAAAGUCUCGUUUAGCUUUCGCUUUUGGCCCGAAGGUCAUUUGAAAAUCACUUUCAGCCAGUCUCUAUCUUAUUUAUUAGUUUUUAUUCAGUUUUUUGGAAGUCUUUAUACAGGGUUUAGACUUCUAUAGAUUGACAUGUAUGUCUGGUCUUAUGUUAUAGAUUGACAUGUAUGUCUGGUCUCAUGUUAUAGAUUGACAUUUAUGUCUGGUCGGUCUCAUGUUAUAGAUUGACAUGUAUGUCUCAUGUUAUAGAUUGACAUGUAUGUCUGGUCGGUCUCAUGUUAUAAAUGUAAUCUCAGAUUGGUUACCCUCGUCACAUCUCUGUGAUUCAUUAAGAUCUCUAGCCUUUAAAUCUAAUAUCUCUUUCAAUAUCUAUUUUACAGGUCACUGAGCUUCUUGUAUGUGUCAGUUAUUUUAAUGUGUUUAUAUUUCAGAUCUACUCCAUGUCUUGCAUGUUGUGUGGAUCAGCUGAAGACCAGCGAAGCAUAAUGCCAAUUGAUCCAAGAGGUCCUGCUAUGUAAAGACUUGUGUAUCAAACAUUUUACUUGUACAGGCCAACUGAUCCAAGAGGUCCUGCUGUGUAAUGACUUGUAUAUCAAACAUUUUACUUGUACAUGCCCUUCAUCCAUCAGGUCCUGGUUUGUAAUUGCAAUUCUAACCACAGCUAUCAGUUCACAGAGAAUGGUUCCACCUCAGUUUACCCUGUUUCUCAAUGUUAACAUUGUCUGCCUCUCAGCAAGAGUUAGCAGGUUGGAUUUCAUCCUGACUCGUCCCAAAUGCGGGGUAAAAUAGCUGGGCGAAACAGAAUCUUUAUUUAGCCAGGCGAUGCAGCUGUUCUUGGAGAGGAGAUAAAGUCAGUGACCGCGGCCAACUUGACGUGGGAUUAAAAGUGGUCCAUCUGUGCAAAACUGUAUGUUUAUGGUCUUAUUGGUUAACUGUCUUAAAAUAUCUGGGGCAUAAAAAAAAAAACCAGUUAAAAAAACAUUUAAAUUUUUAAUUACUAAUUUUUUUAAAAAUCUUUGGAAUUUUUACACAAAAAAAAUUUGUUUUCCAAGUAUUUCUCAAGUGACUGAAACAAUGAGUCACGGUAAAGUAUGGUAAUUAUCUUUCAUUAUCAUCUAUCAUGCUAAUGGCUUUUACUUUUUGCCAGAAAUAGGGUGCACUGAUUAAUUGCUAGAUUAUCUCCCAUUUUGCUCAUUUAUGGGCAUCCAUCUGUUUUUACAUUAUAUUGGGCUAGUAGAGUUAGAGAUAUUGCUUUUUUGCACAAUCUGAGAUGUACAGGUAAGAUUUAUUGUAAUCCUAGAUUCUUUAAGUUGAAUCUUUUAUGCUUAUAUGGGAUUUUGUAGUGUCAUAAAGUUGCAUUCCUGUUUCCAUUUAAAACAAUUUUUAAAAAUUUAACUUGUUACAUAUUUAGCCCGCUGUGCCUAGAUAAUAAUAAUAAUAUUAAUUAAGUUUAUUUGAAAAUCACGCUUCAUCCCCACAGGCUCGAAGCACGGUACAUAGUCUACUAUAUAAAAAGAGAAAUGUGAAAUCUAUAUUUUUUACCACAUUGAAAUAGAAAACACAACACUACAAAAACUACAUACGAGCAUACUCAUUCAAAGUCUUUCAUCCCUUGGAACCACAAACAAUACAAUCCAAUAUACAUCUAGGAGAUAUAGCUAGCUGGAAAAGAUGGUUGACAACACCAUCCCAGCAGGUGUUUGCAAAAUAGAUGUGUUUUCAAAUCGGUUUUAAAGGACUCCAGUGUCUGACUGUUUCUAAGAGCGACAGGAAGGGUGUUCCAAAUUUUAAUAUAUAGAACGUAUAGAUGUUAAACUUUCAUUUUGAGAACCACUGAAAAAUUUUUUCUUCAGGCUUGUCAGUCAGAACAUGAGCUAACUUUUUAUCUAAUGAUGAAUACCGGCAUGGGAAGAUUUUGAGCGCUGUGUUUUAUUGAGAGUUGAUCAUUUUCUUAUGCACUUCAAGAAUAUCAUAUGUACAUGUAGCGUGUAACAUUUUUUGUAUGCAGAUUAUCAAAUGGACAAAACUUUCACUGACUACACAUGAAAUUUGUUUUUGAUUGUAAAAAUUAUGCAUUGUGAUUAACUUAAGUUAAAAUAUUUAAAUGGAUUUGAUAAUGUAAAAAGUUGCCAGCUUCUGAGAGACAGAACGUUACUUCUUAAGAUGUAGUCAGUCUACUGUACACAUGUUUGGAGUGUAGUGACAGACGCAAAUUAAGUCAUUAGUGACUGCCUCACAUUAAGUUAUUAGUGACUGCCUCACAUUAAGUCAUUAGUGACUGCCUGACAUUAAGUCAUUAGUGACUGCCUCACAUUAAGCCAUUUGUGACUGCCUCACAUUAAGCCAUUAGUGAUUGCCUCACAUUAAGUCAUUAGUGACUGCCUCACAUUAAGUCAUCCAUGUUCAAAUACCAUGUGAAUCUGUACUUAAAUGUGCUGAAAAUUAAUAUUUACAAUGUAAUAAAAAAAAAACAUUUUUUUCGAAUCAAUAAAGCAUCUUAUCUUGUCUUAUCUUACUUAAAAAUAAAAAUCUUUUUAUGGCAUUGAAA